ACAGCUGAGAUGUACCACAUCAAAGAAGAACCUCAAGAGCACUGUUCAAGUGAACAUCCCAUCGUAGAAGUGAAGACUGAGCCGUACAACACUGCAAUCUUGGCGGAACAGGACCAGAUGGGACACAGACAAGACUCAACGUCUGGAGAUGCAAGAGAAUGCCACGUAUUUGCACACUGUCACGAGUCUGAAAAGUGUUCCACUACUCCUCCAUCGGAUGUUCAGUUGGGAGUGAUGGGUUCUCGGUGCAGCACCUGUCCCUCUGCAUCCUCAUGGUCUGCAGGAGACGAGAACCACAUGGUUCCAGAGUUCAGCACGAGCCGGAACCUACAGCAGCAGAAGUGGACACAUUCAUCCAAGAAGCCAUACAAGUGCGAUGUCUGCCCUGCAGAGUUCACCCGGAAUGCUAACCUGGAGCAGCACAAGCAGACACACACAGGCGAUAAGCCAUACAAGUGCAAUGUCUGCCCUGCUGAGUUCAGCCGGCGGGGAAACCUACAGCGCCACAAGUGCACACACACGGGCAAGAAGCCAUACAUGUGCAAUGUCUGUCAUGCAGUGUUCAGCCUGAUCGGGCACCUACAGCAGCACAAGCGGACACACACGGGCGAGAAGCCAUACAAGUGCGAUCUCUGCCCUGCGGAGUUCAGCCAGAGUGGGACCCUACAGCAGCACAAGCGAACACACACGGGUGAGAAGCCAUACAAGUGCAAUGUCUGCCACGCAGAGUUCAGCCAGAGCGGGACCCUACAGCAGCACAAGCAGACACACACGGGUGACAAGCCAUACAAGUGCACUGUCUGCCCUGCGAAGUUCAGUCAGAGUGGACAGUUACGGCGGCACAAGCGGACACACACGGGCGAGGGGCCAUACAAGUGCGAUAUCUGCCCUGUGGAGUUCAGUCAGUGCUGGCAGUUACGGCGUCACAAGCAGACACACACGGGCGAGAAGCCAUACAAGUGCGAUAUCUGCCCUGCGGAGUUCAGUCAGUGGGGGAACCUACGACAGCACAAGCGAACACACACGGGUGAGAGGCCAUACAAGUGCGAUGUCUGCCACGCAGAGUUCCGCCACAGCGGGCACUUAAAGCACCACAAGCGGACACACACGGGCGAGAAGCCGUACAAGUGCGAUGUCUGCCACGCAGAGUUCAGCCACAGCGGGCACUUAAAGCCGCACAAGCGGACACACACAGGCGAGAAGCCAUACAAGUGCGAUGUCUGCGAUGCAGAGUUCAACCAGAGUGGGAACCUACAGCAGCACAAGCGGACACACACAGACGAGAAGCCAUACAAGUGCCGUCUCUGUCCUGCAGUGUUCAGACAGCGUUCAGCCUUGUCACAUCACAUUCGAAAACAUACAGACCUGAGGCACAGCACAAACCUGCAGUGCAACAAGAAGACCUACAUGGGUGUGAAGCCAUACAAGUGCAACCUCUGCACUGCAGAGUUCGUGUAGAGCAGGAAUGCACAAAGUUGGAGAAGAAGCUCCUAGAGCUAGUUGAGCCACAGCAACGAACCUGUGACCCAACAUGCAGCCACGACACACUUGGGAUAGCGACCACACAAGUACACGUUAAAGUGCACCAGUCCUGGGCUGUCCCAUGUCCUUGACGCAGACACUUGAAGAAGCACAUGCUAAUGCACAGGUAGGGGAACGCUGUACCGAUUCGAUUUGUAUCCCACCAUAUUUUACUUGUGUUUGGCACUUUGAAACUCGCACGCACGGACAGGCAGAGGGUAAAAAGAGUUGGGUUGGGUGGUGACACACGUGAAAAGUAAACAAACAAACAAUGAAGGGACACCCGUACAGUGGCUCUGAAUUGCUAAGCUGGGUUUAUUUUCAUGAACAACAUAUGCACUGCAUUGUUUCCUGCUUGCCUCUUUAUGCCUUUCUUGGUGAAUGCUUCUUUGGCGCCCUGCAUCUCCUCAGCUGAUAACACAAACGAAUAAAUUGACCCAAAGAAAUAAAAGAAAAUGAUGAAUCCCUUUGUGAACCUUUUGUGU